AUGGAGCUCCCUUCCUCCAUCUUUGAGCUGCUCCUGCACUUCAAACCGACACGAAAUUCUUCAACAUCUGCCAAGCUGAAGUCACAGCUUCUACACGAGUUGCUCGCGGCGCAACCUGAAAGCGUUGUUGCUCGACUGGCAGGUGGUAUCAGGAGUGGCAGCGAUGUCGAUAACCAGGGGCUACUUUAUCCGCGGGUGCAGAACAUGCAGACGUGCAAACAGGCCUAUCUCGAAAACCUCGCGUGGGGACAGGAACCUAUUCUCUUUCUCGAAAAAGGACAGGAGAACGCUGUAUCAACUGCAGAUGGAACUAAACAGCUACAACAGCAGGACCACGAUCUCGAUCAUGAAGCGACAGCGAUAACAAAAAGCUGGAACAAGAACAAGUUUGCAAGACCUCUGUUGCAAUUUGAAGAAGGCAACGGCAAGAGAUCUUCAAAUUCGAUAGUAAGAACGAUGCCGAUGCCAUCAGUGAGCAUCCGUAACAGCGUUUGCACUAUUUUGGCACGCCUUGCCGAAGCUGUCCUUCGUGGUCCAUUCUCAUUAAAAAGGAAAAGCUCAAAGUCGGCGCGUGGUACUCGCACAGAAAAUCCGGGGGCACUUCAAACUCUGCUAUCAGGACAUGAGGGUGGACAAGGAUCUACAACAAUAACAAGAAGUUCAAGUAGGUCGUCCAAGGAACUGGAAUUUGCAGCUGUAAGAAGUGCGUCCGAGAAGGACCAAACGAGAGGACAGAAUGAAGAUCCAACUUCGAACAGCAUUAGCGGUGUCGCGUUUCAAGAUAGUCGAAACCUGUCAGAAUUCUUUCUUCGGCACUACGCGUUCACACUGGGAAUGGAGGUACAGCGAAGCGAUUUGCAGAGCUUUCACCCUCUUGCUGUUCCUGAAUUACGGCAGAUCCUCGCGAGCAAUCGUCCAUCAUCCGAAUAUCCUGCUAUUUCGUACGUUUUCGCGCGAACCCGUGCGAGGCAAUGGUUCACUCAAACUAUGCUGAAGGGAGCGGGGCCUACUUUGACAGUGUUGCCUACUUCGUCUGCGCCCACUGCGCCCAUUUCCAAGUGCCUGAAAGGUAGAAAUGCUACAUCGAAGAAACUGCGAGCAUCUUCAAACGAUUUUGCAAACGCACUGAAAAGUGACAUACUAGAACGCAAUUUCCAUCGGUACUCUUUCUUUCACGAGCUGCCAUCCGAGAGGGAACUACACGACUACUUCUUCGACAUACCAUAGACAUUCAACCUUCUUUUCAUUGCAUGAACAUGAUAUUCAAUUGCCAGAACAAUAGUUUUCAU